CAUUCAUCUAACAGUUUGUAUUGUGAAAGAUGAACAAAAGUUUAUUCAAAUACACAGCUUCGGGGUGUCACUUAGUGCAGAACUAGUUUCAUUGAACGUUGUAAUCACUCUACCAAGCUGGACGUCUUCAAACCGCGCCUGCGCAUUAACCCGAGCCUGCGCUGUUUGGUGGUGGAGGCAUGAAGAAGUUGCUUUGCUGGAAACGUAACACAGCCGCUGCCGCUGGAGCGAAGCGCAAAUGUGCAGACUGGGACAAAAUCAACAGGAAUGAUGUACGUGCAUGAAUGUACGUUUUGCAAGCGAGGCGAGACGCGUCCUGCUGCGGCUUUUGAAUGACGGUCUCCUUCAGUCAAGCCCACGUAUUGAGAUGAUCUAUUUCUGUGAUGGCGAAGGGACUGUUUCCACGGGCCUGGGUGAAGAAGUCCUUCUAUUUCCAGGCUCGCAUCUCCUUUGUAAGGGUGAAGUACUUGUUCCUCACUUGGUUGACUGUGCUGGUGGGGAGCUGGGUGCUCUACGUGCAAUACUCGGCCUACACGGAGCUAUGCAGAGGACACCAGUGCAAGAUCGCCAUUUGUGACAAAUACAGGAAGGGAAUCAUUGACGGUUCGGCCUGCAGCAGCCUGUGUGACAAAGAGACCUUCUACAUGAGUAGAUGUCUCUCAGCCCUCCCGAACAACCAGGUGUAUACCGGAAGCUGGGGAGACCAUGAAGGAAUCGUUCACUGUAAUUUGGGCAAAGUUAUACGCUACGAGAUGGGCGAGGAGCUGGAGCCACGGAGGGAGGCCCCUGUGUUCGACACUCCCACUCGAGGCACGUCAGUGGAGAAGUUCAGAGAGAUGGUCUUUAAUAAUCUCAAGUCCAAGCUUGGAGAUCAAGCUAAUCUCGCCGGAUUGGUCAGUGUCAUCUUGUCUGUGGCGGAUGGCAACAAAGAUGGAAAGGUGUCCCUGCCCGAAGCUCGCUCCAUGUGGGCCCUCCUGCAGAUGGAUGAGGUGCUUCUUGGCCUGCUGCUUCAGGAGCGUGGACACACUCCCCGUCUUCUGGGCUACUGCGGCGACCUCUACAUGACGGAACGUGUCCCCCAUGCCCCCUUGUAUGGUUUGUCCGCACCCUGGCCGCUGGGGUCCUGGGUGCCCGGUGGCUUACAGCGCAAGAUGGAUCAGUGGUUCACCCCCUCGUGGCCUCGCAAAGCCAAGAUCUCCAUGGGCCUGCUGGAGCUGGUGGAGGACAUCUUCCACGGCACGUACGGCAGCUUCCUCAUCUGCGACCUGGCGGCGGUGCACUUGGGCUACACAGACGGCCAUGAGCUGCGUCUCACCAACCCCCGCACCGUGGUACCCGAAAGCCAGUUUCGGCGCAGCAUGCGGGCGCUCAGAUGCGACACGGACGCCGACUGCGUGUACGGCGUGGACUGCCGGACAUCAUGUGACAUGUCAUAUCAACGGUGCAGGGAGGAGCCGGUGCGGCCCAAUUUGGCCAAAGCGUGCGCCGUAUUGAAGGACUACCUCCUGCACGGGGCGCCGUCUGCGCUGAGGGAGGAGCUGGAGAGGCAGCUGUACGCCUGCAUGGCCCUCAGGGGGGGCGCCGGCCAGAUGAACAUGGAGCACUCGCUUCUCCUCAACAACCUGAAGGCUCUGCUGUGGAGGCAGAUCUCCCACACCAAGGACUCGUGACCAGGAGGAGCUGAGAUGCCAACAAUCUGAACAUGCAAGGAAUUGAUAGACUAUAUGGGCAAAAGUAUUGGGACAUCACACUCACUGUAAGCAUACAGAAAAAUGAUUUACUAAAUAUUUUGCGCUAUUAUGACACGCCCGUAAUUUUUGUCGUUAUAGUUCCACCCGUCUUAGAGGAAUAGGGAGGUGUCCCAAUACUUGUGCCCACUUGCAUAUUACUGCUGGAUCACCCAUACCUGGGAGGCUUAUUGAAGACUAUCCAAUCAAUUUCUAUUGCUUUCAGUUAGUAUGAAGAUAUGAACAAUCAAAGUCUAUAAUGGGAGGUUUUUUGCAUGCUUACUUUUGACAAAGCUAGGAAGGAACCAUCGCUAACCGGAGGGACGUUUUAGGCCACCAAAUCUACUAGGAAGAAGCACAAUAACAUCUUUAUGACAGCCAUGUGUGUUCAUUUGUGAAUGUUGUACUGUAUCACUUUGGGCUUGGACCCAUCACAGUGCCAUAGGAAUCAUGCUGGAAUGUUCCACACAUCUUUUUUAUCAACCUUAUUCUAUUCUAAAGACGCCGCUGACAAUGAAGUCACUUUGUAAAAUAUCAUCCAGGAAGUUGUGCGCUGCUGGAUGCUCAAAAGAUGUUAAUGCAUGACUUUUGCACAAUGACACUAUUUUGCUGUCUUUUCUAUCACAUCAGCUGCCCUCUCCUGUCCCCUUUUGAGUCAUUGAUUCAAGUAUAGAACGUGUAACGGGACCAAUGUGAAGAAGCUCAAGUGUCGUCAGCAUUCCUGUCAUAGCAUCACUGAAGACACACACAAAAAAGUUUGUAAUAAAUUUAGUCGUGUUGCAUAUAUGGAGGUAGCGCUAACCGUCCUCCGCCUCCCGUUCUUGUGCUCGUAAGAAGCUGGCUUUUUUCUGGGCAACGCGGUCCUUCCUCUGAGCCAGAGACAACUUGGCGCGAUUCCAUCUGGGCGGAAAGAGGAGCGAGAAGGGUCAUUAGCAUUCACAACACUUGGAGGUAGCUGGAGAAGCUGUCACUUUUUUGUCACAAAGCCAAAGGGUUUCACGUGAGGCAUGCAAGUUGUGUCGCUUCAUUUGAAGGAAAAUAAACAAAAAUAACACCCACCUCUUCCUUUGGACUUC